ACACCUACCUGUCUACAACACAAUCGACCUGGUACGACUAAUUUGACAAGGGGACUGGAUGGUGAAGAAUACCAUGUCUUUUCUCUUCACAGCUCUCUUCUUUCUCUUCGUGGAGUCACAAGCUCGUGGCAUCCGUCGGGUUGCACCGGCCUUGUAUGUUUUUGGGGACUCGGUCAUGGACCCUGGCAACAACAUCUUCCUAAAUACCUUUGUGAAAGUAAAUUUCACGCCUUAUGGCAUUGAUUUUCCUGGUGGACCUACGGGCAGAUUCACCAACGGCUACACUAUUGCUGAUUUUUGGUAUAAAUGGUCCAAUAAGCGGUCUCACGAACCCAUCCCGUUGCCAUACUUGCAUCCUCUCAGUAAGUUAAAGUCAAAUACCAAAGGUUUCAACUAUGCAUCUGGAACAGCCGGCAUCCUCCAUGAUACUAGCCGUAGCAUUGGGGAGAACUUGCCACUGGGGCGACAAGUCAAGUUAUUUAAGGAGACUGCUGAGCAAUACCUGCCAUCUCUGGGAGCAUACAAUAACAGAACCAAGCUCUCAAAUGCCUUGUCAAAGUCUAUUUUUGUUGUUUGUAUGGGCAGCAAUGACUACAUGAAUUAUCUACAACCCGGGUCCAACACAAGCAAAUUGUACAAUGCAGAGCAAUUUGGGGAAUUCCUUGUGAAAGAAUUAGGAAACCAUUUGCAGGAAUUGUACAAUUUGGGAGCCAGGAAAUUUGUGGUGUUUGAAGUCGCCCCACUUGGUUGCUUGCCGGAUGUUCUUGACAAAACCAAACCGUCAACAUUAUGCGACGAGCACAUAAAUGGCUUGGUAUCAGUUUUCAAUACCAAUCUAGGUGUAAAACUGAACAAACUUAAGUCCGUGCUUAAUGGCUCAACAUUCGUCACUGCAAAAUCUUAUCGACUUAUUCACGACAUCAUAUACAAUCCCCUUCAUCAUGGGUUUAGCGAUGCAAGGCAGGCAUGUUGUGCUUCUGGAGUCGAUGGGAGUGGAGAUUGCAAACCAGGAAUUGUGCCUUGCCAAAGUAGGAAAUCACAUGUAUUUUGGGAUAGAGUGCACCCAACAGAGGCAAUAUACGAGCGCAUUGCAAGUGAAUGUUUCAAUGGAAAAGGCCUUUGCACUCCCAUGAAUAUUGUGCAACUUGCUGGGAAACAUUAAGUGGACAAAUACCAGAGUUCUAAGUCUAUACGUACCAGAGAAAGGAAUAGUCGAGGUGCGCAUAAGCUGUCCUGGACACCCUUAACCUUUGAGCCAAAAAAAAGUUUGUACACACCCAUGUGGUCGAAUGGCAUCCGGGUUGGCAGGAUAUAUCACUCUAUCUUCAUCAACGAUGCAGAAUUUCCUGCACCUUUACGACAUUUUAGGCUUCUGCCAUGUGCCAUUGGAUUUAUGUCCAUUGAAAUGUAGUUUAGCGAUACUUGUAAAUAAUGUUCUUCUAUAGAUCGAUUGACAAAGAAAUUGUACUUCUCUGAAA